AUAGGGCAAUAAGAGCGCAGUUGCUGAAUUUACAACAGGAGCCACAAUGGCGGUUGUCGUCUCCUAACAGGGCUGUGGAUGUUAUUAAAUCCACUAUCAUCGCCCUAAAGAUAGGCCUGGUUGAUUCCCAGAGCCAUUAAAAAUAAACUGGAACAUCUAUUGCACAUGAAAAUAUUAUAAUUUCUGAUCAAUAUCAAGUUAACAAGAGAUACAAUUAUAUUAAAAGGGACCAUGUAAACAGUACCAACCGGGUCAAGUUUUCAUUUUGUUCGAGAAACAACAUCGGCUGUUAAUGACGGCUAUUUAUUUGUUUCAGAACUCCAAACCGUAAUUCUAAGGAACAAUAACACCUAAACUAAGCUUUGCACCGGACAAGGGAAGCUAAAAGAAAAGGGACUUCUUUUUUCUUUCGUUUUUUUAGCAAACAGCAUGCUAGCUACACAGAGCUAGCUAACCAAAUAGAAACGGAGAAGAGAGCACAAUGCUCCGUUUUAUUGUUUGGGCCUUUUCAGCCAGUUCUCUUAACUAGCUAAAUGCACAGGCCUACAAUAGUUGCGUUUUUUGGGGGACUAGCUAGCAACCUUUAUUUUUCUGAUUUGACAAAACAUGCUGUCGGCCUGCUUGGAAUUAACUCGGAUAAUGCUUGAGGACUAAAACCUGGCAGACGGUUUUCGUUUUUGUCCGUUUGCUUAGAACGCUUGAUCUUAUUUACCGGAUUUUAGAGUACUACGUUACUCUCCCGUUAAUGUAUUGUCUCGGCUACAGAGGCCCUCGCUCGGGAGAAGGACCGUCGCUGACGUGAGGAAUGCCUGGGUCGGAUCGACACCAUGGGACCAAGAGGAAGCCGGAAUCCAGCACUAGUGGUGCCCUGCAGCCCCCAGCAACGAGCGGCAACAGCGGGAUACACCAGCCCAUUGUCCCGCCGCAUACCUCUGCGGGCAACAUGACGAGCAAGGACGGUAAGAUCCAGUCAAUGUCAUCUUCCAAGCGCAAACGGAAUAAAUCAGCUAAACAUGGACGUGAAUCCGAGGUGGGCCAGGGGCCUGGUUUUUCUGCCCUUGCCUCCACAGCGCCCCCUUCCGUCAGCGCAGUGAAGCCUCUGGUAGAAUAUGACGACAUAAGUUCCGAUUCGGACACUUUCUCUGACCCGCCUAGUACAAGGCCUUCUGAGAGAGGGCCUGGGGAUCGGUCAGAGCCUGGUCAUGAUUAUAGUAAGGGGGAUGGGGGCCCGGCCGUUGGUAGAGAUGGCCGGGCACACAAGCAUCGGCACUCUAGAAAAAAGUCUAAAGAUCCACACAAAGUCCGGGACUGUGCAGACGUGGGUCGAAGUACUAAGAAAAAGAGCAGCAAAGACAGGGAGAGGGGGAGCUCCGCGAAAGAAAAGGAGAAGGUGGCCUCCCUGUCCUCUGUGGCCUCCCUGUCCUCCGGCUCCCGACGCCAGGGUCAGCUGGAGGCUGACCUGGGGCCAAAGCGCGGGGAGUUGCCCCCCUCCUCCCAGGCCCAACCCGCGGCCAGUGUGGGAAGCAGCACGUCCUCCACCUCUUCGUCGCGCAGCAAGGAGGGCGGCCACUCAGGGAAGACUCGCAAGGACAAGCAGCAGAGGCGUGAGGGUCGAGAGGGGCGGGGGGAGGCAGGCCAGAGCGCCUCUGUUUCCCAGAAGGUCAGGGCGGACAGGAGCCACCGCAAGACCUCCAAGAGCCGCAAGUCCAGCCCUAAGGGUAAGGGGCAGACUUCCUCGAGCCGGGGCAGCCCUCGCCGGAAAGCCCCCGCGCCCAAACAGUCGCCCAGCCCCCCUAGGAGAGGGGGCAAUGGCAGCCCGAUGGUCAGUAGUUACAGCCAGGAUGUGGAGGACAACUACCACCACCAGAGACGCAGGCCGGCCCCGCAGAGCCCCAGCCCUUACCGGGAGGUGUCCAGGCGCAGUCGGCAGAGGUCCGACAGCCCCUACCUCAGCAGGCACCGGUCAUCCAGCUACGAGAGGGACGACAGCCCCUACUCCAGGAGACGCUCCAUCAGUCCCUAUGGUAACCGCAGGUCCUCCAGCGCCAGCCCGGUCUCCAGGCGCUCUGUUCGCUCCCGCAGUCGCUCUCCGCUGCCUUUCUCCUCUCGUCGCUCCUCCUCCCGCUCUCGUACCAAGAAGCACUCGUCCUCUGCUGGUGGCGGCGGGUCCCACAGUAGCCGUCCCACGAGCCGCUCCCCGCCCUCCUCCUCUCGCCUGCCGCUCAACUCCAGCCUCGGGGCAGAGCUCAGCCGGAGGAAGAAGGAGCGCCAGGCUGCGGUGGCUGCAGCUCGGCCCCCCUCCCCCCCGCCACCUACACGCCGGUCCGCCCCCCGCCCCUCCAAAGUGGAGCCUGAGAGAGCGCCGGACAGAAACUUUGUUCCAGCUGGGGACCCCCAACCUCUACCCAGUGCAGCCAAGCCCCAGGACCCUCCGGGUGGGGAAGAGCAGGGCUCGGCACCCCCUCCCUCUGCCUUCUCGUCCCCCGCACCCCCCCUGCCCGCCGGUCAGACCACCCCGCUGCCCCCGCCUCCUCCACCUUCCACGGCGGUCACCCAGCUUCAGCAGCCCCUGGGCCAGGCGGAGGCCGUGCCCUGCCCAGCGCCCUCCUCAGCCGCCUCCCAGUCCAGAUCUCCUGCCCCCCUGCCCACACGCAGCCCCGUCCGACAGACGCCUUUCCACAAGACCUCCACCCUUCCUCCCUUGCCUCUGCCCCCCAUGCUCCUGGGAGACUGCCAAGACAGUCCAAAGAAGUCUACUCCUCCUCAAAGGUCUUCCAAGAAAGAGAAGGAGUUGCGGAGCAGGCCAUCUUUGAUCGACCUCCCCCUGCCCCCCACACUGGCCGGAGGAGAACCCUCUCCCCCUCAGUCCCCUGUCUACAGAGCCCCCCCGCCACCCCAAUCCUCCCUGAAGAAGAGACCAAAGUUUUGCUGCCCCCGCUACGGCGAACGCAAACAGACACAGAGCGACUGGGGAAAGCGCUGCGUGGACAAGUUCGACAUCAUCGGCAUCAUUGGGGAGGGCACCUACGGCCAGGUGUACAAGGCCAAGGACAAAGACACAGGUGAGCUGGUGGCUCUGAAGAAGGUUCGCCUGGACAAUGAAAAGGAGGGCUUCCCCAUCACGGCCAUAAGAGAGAUCAAGAUCCUCCGGCAGCUCAAUCACCGCAGCGUGGUCAACAUGAAGGAGAUUGUCACAGACAAACAGGACGCCCUGGACUUCAAAAAGGACAAAGGAGCCUUCUACCUGGUGUUUGAGUACAUGGACCAUGACCUGAUGGGUCUGCUGGAGUCUGGACUGUGCCAGUUCUCCCAGGAACACGUGCGGAGCUUCAUGAGGCAGCUGAUGGAGGGGCUGGACUACUGCCACAAGAAGAACUUCCUGCACAGAGAUAUCAAGUGUUCCAACAUCCUGCUCAACAACAGCGGUCAGAUCAAACUGGCUGACUUUGGUUUGGCACGACUCUACAACUCAGAGGAAAGUCGACCCUACACUAAUAAAGUCAUCACACUGUGGUACCGGCCUCCUGAACUCCUGCUGGGGGAGGAGAGGUACUCUCCAGCCAUUGACGUCUGGAGCUGCGGGUGUAUCCUGGGAGAACUGUUCACCAAGAAACCCAUCUUCCAGGCCAAUCAGGAGCUCCUUCAACUAGAGCUGAUCAGCCGUCUGUGCGGGAGCCCCUGUCCUGCCGCCUGGCCGGACGUCAUCAAGCUGCCCUACUUCAACACCAUGAAGCCCAAGAAACAGUACCGCCGACGGCUACGCGAGGAGUUUGCCUUUCUGCCCGCUCAGGCUCUAGACCUGCUGGACCGCAUGCUGACCCUUGACCCCGCACGGCGCUGCACAGCCGAGCAGGCCCUCAAUAGUGACUUCCUGUGUAACGUGGAGCCCAGCAAGAUGUCCCCCCCCGAUCUCCCCCACUGGCAGGACUGCCACGAGCUGUGGAGCAAGAAACGAAGGCGCCAGCGUCAAAGUGGGCUGCCCGAGGAUGUGCCUGUGCCCAAAGUGCCCCGCAAGGACCCCUCAGGGGCUUCCAGUGGAGAGAACAGCCGACCCCAAGCCAGCCCUGCCGGAGCCCCGCCUCCUCCGCCCGGACGACCAGCCUCCUCAGCCAUCUCGGCCAAUGAGCUAGCAGGCCUGGGCGCUGCGGCGGAGCAGCUGAACCAGACGGAGCUGGCGGUGCUGUUGAACUUGCUCCAGAGACAGACGGACCUCAGCCUGCCCCAGAUGGCCCAGCUGCUCAAUGUCUCCUCCAACCCGGAGAGCCAGCAGCAGCUGGAAACCCUGAGCCAGUCCCUGUCUGCCCUGACUGAGGCCUCCCACCACCGGGGGGCCCCUGAGGAUCAGGCCCCGGCCAGGUCCCAGCCCCCCGAGCCCCCCCCGGAGCCCCAGGAACCCUCCCCGCUGCAUGCCGAGGCGUCCCUCAGCCAGGACGACCAGACCAGCCUCCUGGCCCUCCUGCUGGGCCAGCUCAUCAAGCCACAGGCGGAGGUGGUGGAGCAGGGUGACGAGAGCAAUGGCGUCCAGUCGGAGGAGGCGGCGACACGCGGCUCGUCCGCUUCCGCGGCUGACCGCAAGGACGGUGCCAUCAACAAGCGAAAGCAGCCAAUCGGGACAAGUCAGGCCCCUCCGCCCUCUGAUCGACGUCCCCCGUCUCCGCCUGGGCCUCCCCCCUCAGCCCCGCUCCCUGGCCAGCAGCCCGGCUCGGAGUCCGGCCAGGAUAUCAGCCCCGCCGUGGUGGUCGCCCUGCUGCAGCUGGUCUCUCAACAGGACCCAGAGGCCGCGUCCGGAGGCCCUCACGCCCAGGGCAGCAGGGACCACUCCCCAGCCGUGGAUACCACUGCCCGGGCACAGCCAACCUCCACCUGGGCAACGGACUCCCCUAAACCCUCCCCUGCCCGGGAGCCCCCAAGCAGCAUGGCCUCCGCUGCCCCUAGCCCUGCAGCGCAGUUCCCUAAGGACCAGGACCUCCGCUUUGCCCACGGGGCCUCUCGCUGACAGCUGAUUCUGGGCAGGCCUGUUCAGAGACCUGGGGAACCUGGGGAACCCUGGGGAACCGUGGGUCCUAUAGGCCGUCCGACAGCAACGGGAGCCGGGCACGCCUUCUGUACUGAUGAUGGUAACCACCCUGCGGUAGAGCGACCCAUCUCCCCGGGGGGAAUACGGACGAGCAGCUCCCCAGCCUCUGCAGAGUUGGUGUAUUGAAGAUGGGAGGAUGAUGAAGAAAGAUGAAGGUGGCUUUCAGAAUGUUUGUCCAGAGGAAGGUGCAGACUUUUGGGGGGCUGGAUAUUUGGAGGAUGUUGUUAUGAGGAUGGACAGUGUUGGUUUGACUAAAGGACAAAGGAAGCCCAGCUCUAGACAGACAAAGGCAGGGGUAAUGGGAACCUCCACACCAUCCAAUCACUGACCCUGCCAUUCCUCCUUGACCUCCUGACUGGCUGAAGUUUGGAGCGAAUUCCGCACAUGGAAUGUGAUCAGCUGUGAUUCGGUUUUGUUUAAUUUGCCAGUCAAUUGAUUAUGUCUACUGUAGUGCCCUCUGAUCACUAGGCUUUUAGUGUGUCUCGGAGUCUGGUGACAUCACUUGUCUCCGCCCUCCAGGUGAAUAGGGGAGGGGCCGUCUGCAAUGUGCGACACGGCAGGAACAAAGGCCUAGUCUAAAACCAAGGUAUUUAACUGGGUGGGGAGGGGGGGUUGGGGUGCAAAAAUACGACGCUGAGAUUCAGAGCGAGUUAAACAGACUCAGCCCCUCAUCAUACUAGCUGGCUCCUGACCUUCGACCUUGUGCCUCUGUGAGCUUACCGAUCCUUGAAUGAUCCUUGCCCACAGAGAUUUUGGGUUGUUUUCUUCUUUUCUGGAAGGCACAUACACAGGACAAGACAGGGCUUGAAAUGAAUACCUUGUGUGUAUAUUUGUCUUUGACCAAAGGUACUGUCGGAGAAAGUAUUUGUGGCCCAGCCCCCUUCCCUUGUUUUUCAAGCUCAAACUACAGUAUGUUGGCAUCUGUCAGUUCUCCCAUGUAGAAAUUAAAAUGUUCAUUCUUGAACCCUCACUAGCAGCUAGCUCUCAUACUCCUACACACCUACAAGAAUUGCAAACUGACACACUCGUCUCUCUAACUAACGGCUCCUCUUAAGUCUUUACUUGACCCCUCUGGUCACAGCUAGCAAGCUAAACCAACAAACAUACCCAAUAGCAAAUAGACCAGUAGUUCCCAACUCUACUCCCAGUAUCUCACGUUCAUUAUAUACUCCAGGCAGACAUACCCAGUUGUUCUUGUUGAGGGGCUGAUGAUUAGUCGACAAGUUGAGUUUAAUCGGGUUUGCUUGCCAGGGGCUACAGCAAAAUGUGAGCUGUUGAGGGAAGGUGAGGACCAGGGUUGGGGAACCAGUGGACUAGACAACUACACUAUCUACACCCCCUCCCCCAAAGCUUUUCCUGAUGGUCUCUGAUAUUCUGGGCAUAUCUUGCCGCCCUGCCUAACUGUGCAGCAAAUAUGUUUUUGUGUGAUUAUUUUCUACCUUAAAGAAAGUUACAUGCUAAAAGAUGGUCCAUGUUUUUUUUUCCUUUGCAAUGUUUUGGGAAGGGAGAAAUCUGACUUUGGGUUUCAUGUGACUGUAUCAGAGGAUAUUUUGUAAUAUGUGUUUUCUCGGUUCAGUUUAUUAAAGGAAAUCAUGCAACCAGA